AUGUGGACAACAACAACUCGGCUCCAUUUACUAAAUGCAAUAGCACGAUACGGAUUGAAAAAGACCUCUUUCAUUGCUGCGUAUCUUAAAGUGUAUGCAAAAGUAGCUUCCAAUAACUGGAAAAAUGAGUACAAUAAAAUGGUAAAGGAGUAUUUCAAGAACCGAGGCACCGCAGAGUCUGUUAAGGACUACUUCAAGAAGAAGAGAGCCCACGAAAUAGAAUUGUUGAUCGAGAAGAAAAGAGAAGAGAAAAGCAAAGUGAUAGAAAGAAUGAUCUAUGGCUAUGAUAGCUUGGAAACAUCCAACGAAGAAAGCGACGAGAGCGACGAGUUUCUGUGUAAAGUAGAAGAAGAGAUCUCCCCAGAAAUUGCAGGCCUUGGCGAAACAAGCAUAUCCAGCGUGUGGGGCAUCAAGACGCCAAACACUCUGUUUAGCACGCUGCUGCAUCUCUCGACGCUGGGCAACCUUCCCCCGCACUUGGAGCUUCCGGGCCCGAAGCCAGAGACGUUUACGCCCAUUGACAUGCAUCCGCACGCGGUUGAGGAGGGAGACGUUUCCCCCGACGGGCACACCGCCCUGUCCACAAAGGAGCAGGAGCUGGAAGAUCUUUUUACCACGCUGGAAACGUCUGCCUACGGGGUCUCUGUUUCCGCUGUUGACCAAAAUGCAUUUGAAAAGUUCUUCCAGUGGACGCAGGAAAGGCUUGCGUAUCUGGACCGAAGGAACCAGGAGCUGGAGGAGAUUACAAAGCAGGAAAACGAGGCAGAAGAGAAGGCGCGCGAGCGAGUGCGGGAGUUUUUGCAAACCCCAAUAUCCGACGCAAUGAAGGAGUACUAUGCUUUGGACUUUCACGAGUAUCCAAGGAAGAGGUCGCCCCGAGACAAAACCCGGUGGAUGAAGGACUUCAAGCUUGUCUCCGAGCGAAUACGGUCUGUGCUCAACGGAAAAAUCCGCUGCGACUCGCACAAGCCCCAGCCUGGCACGCAUGGCGAGCCCAAGAAAGAACGGGAAGAGCGGGGCAAGCCGCUUUGCGCGAAGUGUUUUGACAUAGAUCUUUUGGAGCAGGGCCUGUCUGGGGAAUUUGGCGCAAAGCCUACCAUGGCUGAGUGCGUGUUUAGAUCCAUGCUGUUCCUGCAGACCGUCAUAUUUACACAGCACAAGGUGGUUUCAACAAAGGACGUGGAGUUAAUUAAGACAGAGCUGUACAGAUUCUAUGAGUAUUACAGAAAGUAG